AAUACGAGCCACAGUGCCAUGAUGAUCAUCAGUAGCAGUUUGCCACCUGGAAACUAGAAGAACUGUAUCACCGACAUAUCCAUUUUCUCCUCAUCGUCGUCAUUCACGGGAAAAUCUUCGCUAUCAUCAUGUACAAAUUGUUUGUUCUUGUCGCCUUCUUUGCCGCCACCGCCAUCAGUAGCGAUGCCAUGCAUGUCGUACCCGACCUCAACCCCGCCGCCUACGUCGGUAGAUGGUACCAGGUUUAUACCAACUACUGGGCUGAUCUUUUCUCCAAUGUAUUCAACCCCGACUGCGUAACAGCUGAUUAUGCCCAGAUCAAUGCUACCUACAUAUCUGUCUACAAUGCUAACUACCGAUUCGACGGCGAGUACACAGACGACAUCAGCGGUUACGCCUACAUCCCCGAUAUUAAAUACCCAGGAAAACUGAAGGUCGUUCUCGAAGGCGUUCCCGUCGAGGGUGAUUACUGGAUUUUCGAUCUCGGACCCGUGGUCAACGGCCAGUACGAAUACAGUCUCGUCACCGAUGGAGAGGCCGCUCGUCAGCUCUUCAUCCUCGCUCGCGACCCCGCAGAAUUCGAAUCCAAAUACGCCGCUGAUGUCCUACGUUACGUGUCCCGUGUCGGAUUCAUCGGCCCUUACAAGAAACCGUACGCCAUUCCACAUCCAGCGGAAUGCGUCUACCCACCCACCCAAUAAAAGUCCCAACUCCAACAGUCUCUUGUUAAUGUAUAAACAAUAAUGAUAUUAUAGUUAAGUCCAUUCGCUCUUGUUAUUUAUUGAAUAAAAGUCUUGAGAAA